CGCAUGGGUACUUGUUUUGUAUUGACUGCUUUUAGCUCGCUGCCUCAAUCUGAGUGUUCCCUUUUCAACACUUUUACAUAUCACUCAUUUUUUGCCAUUUUUGUUUAAUCAGUCGCUUCUUUUUGAGUGGGAGGUUUUUUCUGCUUCUUCUUUUCUCGUGGUUGGCUGGUUUUUGCUCUGCUUGUUUACUCAAUCAGGUGGAGGUGUGGUGGUAGAGCGAGUGAGAGGCAUAGAGAGAGCGAGUGAGUGAGAGAGAGAGAGGGAGAGACGCAGCUGCUGCUCUACAACUCGCUCGUCUGGGGUGUUUCUGGCAGUGAACAGAGCGGAGCCUCUCAGGCGGAGAGAGAGGCUGCUCUGGGCGCCUCUUUUUGUGGGGCAAAGGCGCAGAUACAACCCCUCCUCCAGCCUGACAGUGAGCCAGCCGGCCAGCCAGCGGAGCCCCAUGGGACUGUAGAGCUCUGGGACUUUCACACAGAUGCCCCUACGGAUCCAGAGGGUCAGCGGAGGGAGCCAGAAAGAAGAUCAGGCUUAUGCCAUGAUCCGGAAAGAGGCCAAAAGUAGAAAGUCCCGUCAGGAAGGGGGGAGUAUGAUGAAGAACAGGCGGGCAAUUCAAAGGAGAAUGACCUGUCCAAGUCCUCAGGAGAUCAACCGGGUACUGCAGAGUCCCUCGGCUCCGUCCAUCACUCGCUCUGCAAGCCUGGAAGAGCUUAUCCAGCGGUGCCUCCACUGCUUCGACACUGAGGGGAAGCUCAGCAGAGGGAUCCAGCAGGUCAAUAUGACCCUGAUGAUGCAUAACUGGGUCGUGCCAUCACAUGUCUUUGCCCAUAAGCUGCUUUCUCUAUACAAGGACUGUCCUGUGGACAAGAGGGCCCAGAGACGACCUCAGAUCUGUCACUUCAUCAGACACUGGAUAGCUCAGUUUCCUCUGGUCUUCGAGACUGACCCUCUGCUGGAGGAGGUAAUGGGAGAUCUGUGGGCACUGGUCAGGGUUGAGAAGGACUCCCACUGCCACCUGAUCGACACGCCUUACCUCAAUCCUCCAGUGAAUGUGUCCCAGGCUCCUUCGCCCUUGGUGAAGAAGAGGAAGGUGUCGCUACUCUUUGACCACAUGGAGGCCGAUGAGAUGGCGGAACACCUCAGUUAUCUGGAGUUCAAAAACUUCUGCAGUGUUUCAUUCCUGGACUACCGCAGCUACGUGGUGCACGGCUCGGUGAGAAAUAACCCGGCUCUGGAGCGCUCCGUCAUGCUGUGUAACGGAGUGUCCCAGUGGGUCCAGCUGAUGAUACUCAACAGACACACUCCACAGCAGAGGGCUGAGGUCUUCACAAAGUUCAUUCAUGUAGCACAGAAGUUGAGAGCUCUGCAGAACUUCAACACUCUGAUGGCAGUGAUAGGGGGUUUGUGCCACAGCUCCAUCUCCAGACUCAAAGAUACGGCCAGCCUGCUCUCCUCUGACAUCACCAAGAGCCUGAGUGAGCUGACAGAGCUGCUCUCCUCCUACAGUAACUACACUAACUACAGACGCGUCUAUAGCGAGUGCACUGGCUUCAAAGUGCCCAUCCUGGGCGUCCAUCUCAAAGACCUGAUCUCCCUGAACGAGGCGCUGCCGGACUACCUGGAGGAUGACAAGAUCAACCUGGGCAAGCUGCAGCACCUGUACAGCAACAUCAGCGACCUGUUAACCAUCCACAAGUGCAAGCCGCCCUUUGAGGCCAACAAGGACCUGUUGCACCUCCUGACGCUCUCUCUGGAUCUGUACUACACCGAGGAUGAGAUUUAUGAGCUGUCUUACGCCAAGGAGCCCAAAAACCCCAAAAUACAGCCUGUAACCCCUGUGAAGCCCCCCGUGGUUGCAGAGUGGGGGUCAGGCGUGGCUCCUCGACUUGACCCUGACACCAUCUCCAAGCAUGUCAAACAGAUGGUGGACUCCAUCAUGAAGAACUACGACCUGAACAUGGACGGAUACAUCUCUCUGGAGGAGUUUGAGAAGAUAGCUGCAAACUUCCCCUUCUCGUUCUGCACGCACGACAGUGACAGGGAAGGAGAGAUCAGUAGAGAGGAGAUUACGUCGUAUUUCAUGCGAGGGAUGUCAGUGUGUGCUAAGCUGGGCUUCAACCUGCACAACCUGCACAACUUUCACGAAACCACUUACAAGCGGCCCACCUUUUGCGACACCUGCGGUGGCUUUCUGUGGGGAGUCAUAAAGCAAGGCUACCACUGCAAAGACUGUGGAGUGAAUUGUCAUAAGCACUGUAAGGACCUGGUGGCGAUGGAGUGCAUGAAAAGGUUCAAGGUUUCUGGAGGUUCCUGUCCCUGUACUCCAGGCCCAGGGUCCGGCCUCAGGCCAAAGGGCAACAGCUGGAGUUCAGAGGAAGACACAUUUGUGUUUCCUCAUGGAAACGGAUCAGAGAACUCCAAAGGUCACACCAGCCCAGAGAGUGACGCAGAGGGGAAUACACUGUCCGACCGGUCCACUCAGACAGAUCCCGGAGUGUGGACGCCAGAAGUAGCAAACCGCAAACUACAUUCACCUGUGGAAAGGAGUGCCACGCUGCCGGCAAGAAUGAGGGGCUCCUCUGCCCCUAGCUCGUUCCUCCAGGAGAAGAUGGAGGAGCUACAACUGCACAAAGACAAGCGCAGAGAGCCAGACUGAAGCUUGCAUGGCACUACACUUAAAAGGCACCUUUAAAAAAAAAAAAAAAAAAAAAGGCACUGGAUCUACAUUUGGUAUUUGGGAAUGGACUAUGUAAACACACUGGAAACGGACACUGGACACAUGAACUUACACUGUACAGAGAACCGAACGGUUUCAACGAGAUGAUCUUUUAACAUGCAUUAAUGAUAGUCGGAGUGGGACCACCUUGAGAGUAGCACAACGUAAUUUCAGCCAGCCUACACUUUCAGAGCCAUACUGGACAUGAAGCACCAGGUCUGUAAUCACCAGCAUCCACUGCCAAUGAACUAUACAUAUCAAAAUCAACAGCAUUUCCACAGAAGCAUCCAAAGGCAGACUACCAGAGAACUGAUCUCACUACUGCUCAGCCCUUCUCAUGGAUUUUUGUUUAUAAAAGCGUCUGCGUGGCUCAAUCGAUUUCACCGUGAACAGAGAGGUGCUUGAUGCCAGAGCUGUGUUCACUGUAUAAAAGAGAGGUGUUUUUUUUUCCCUUAAAAAAAGAAAAAGGAAAGGUUUGAGUUUUACCUACAGCGUUUUUUGUUCACACUGACGCCAUUUGUACUGUGAAUUCCACUGCGAGGUGUGCAAGGAUGUCCAUUGUCCUGUUUGCUUGUGUCAUAGGAAUGAAUGUAAGCGCUCUGGCUUGCUAACAGGUUAGAGGCCAUGCUAUCUGGUGCUGGACUCCUCGAUAAUCCUAUAAUGCAUCACUGUGCCUUAUGCAAUGAACAGUUCACUCAGAGCAGGGAAGAAGGGUACUGAAUACACUGAAUGAGACGAUGUAGAAUGGUAAAAAUGAACACUGUGGACCUGUAUGUGUGUUUUUUUUUUCGUUCCUCUAACAACAUUGCUCCAAACUUUUACGUUGUCGUUUCCGACCUGAAUUUCUGUCUUACUAAAAUCUGGAUUUAUGCUGUAGAUUAUUGUUUUAUUUAUUGUCAAGCCACAAAUCUACAGUAUUUUCCAUCUCCUAGCACUGCCUAAAGACCAUGACGUACUUUGUUAAACAACAAAAAAAAAGAGAUUGUUUUGUUUUUCUGCAAAAGAAUUAGUUGUGGUUGCAUUAAAUGCUGAAUGUUAAUAUGA